UGAUGAACAUUCUAUGAUGUUUUGUUGAUAUGGCGCGAAUCUAGACAAGCCACAGCUUACAUCAAGCACUUACUCUAACUGCCUUCCCCGUACACUCUCGGUCUGAAAGUAGCUUGAGGAGUUUCCGUCGCUCAAGGUCAAAGAUACAUGGGAUAGCCGCGAAUCAUGAAGCGAACCGAAGGCACUAGAGAGCAAUAAAUCCCACAAUACUACUCUUGCGCCAAAUGAGUCUGCGUUGUUGCUAAUAGAGAGUUGCCUUGUUUUACUAAGAUUAUCUCGAUCAAGUUGUAAGUUUCAAUAUUACAACAUAGCGUAAGCUUUUGAGCCUGCAUCAAUAUGAUGAUGAAUUGUCUCGCCAACCUUUUCCAAGCAAUUUUAUAACAUCUUAGCGCUUUGUAAGAAUGUUUUAGCUAGUCUUAGCAUGAUCUUGCAAUUUAAUACGCGCAAGGUAUACUGUAAAAAUUGCAAACCUCUCAAUUUUCAAUAGCUUUCUGAAUACCUGCCUACUCGAAUAUUUGUCCGAAAAAAUUGAAUGGUGCCAAGUCCAAAACUAUGUAAUUGUGAAUCCAUUUUAACCUACGCCGUGGAGAAAUGGCGGAAGUACAUUUAAUUGGUCAGAUCAUUGGGGCCAGUGGAUUUCCAAAACAAGGCCUCUUCUGCAAGUGGAACAUUCAGACUGGAGGAGCAUGGAAAUUGUUACAAGGUGCCAAAGAGGGUCAGACUCAAGUUGACACUCCCAACAUAGGGGAGACUUCGUAUUGGUCUCAUCCAGUGGACGCCCAUUAUGCCACUCGGGGACUUCAAGGGUGGCCUAAAAUAUUGGUCCAGGUGUUCCAUCAAGACAGUCUAGGUCGGAACAGCCUGGCUGGAUAUGGAUUUUGUCACGUUCCAACCUCUCCGGGACACCACAACCUAGAUAUUAUGACUUGGAGACCUGCCGGGAGCUUCAGGGAUACCAUAGUCCAACAUUACCUCGGAGGAUCUCAUCAAUUGAGGAACCCUGAACUAAUGGUUUCCAGUUCAGAUCGACACCGGUUGACCACGAUCGCCAUGGGAAAAGUCCACAUUCAAGUGGGUGUUAUUGUGCGAAAUUUCGACAAGUUCGGCGUGGAGUGUUAAGUUUUUUCAAAUAUAUUUCAAUUUCUUAUUGCCUUUUUUAAAUA